ACAUCAUACGCAUCUUUGACUGAAUCUAUAAAGGCAGCGCAGUAAUUCUUGCUCUUGAGCGGAUGGCAUCUGUCGCUUCCGUGGGAACUCUCUCCAAUAGGAAACACACAGCAACCAGCUCGCUUUAAAUGCGGACAUGGGUGUUUCUCCAGGCGUGAAUUUCCACGCAUUUGCGUUCCUGGCUUUACCAUUUCGACAGUGAUCGCUCCGUGUUGUCGUUCACACCGUGAUGUUUUGCAUGUUGAUGUCACUCUGAUAACUUUGCGGGACAAAUAGCACUUUUGUGUGGAUUAUUGUGCCUGAAUUUGCAGGAAUGGUUCACAGGAGCGCGCCGCGUCCCCAUGCCUUUAGGAAACAAGUUCAAACAGCGCUGGCUUUGACCAUGCUUUGACACUUUCAUCAUUUUCUAAAGAAAGGGAAAUAAUGAGCAGCCACAAGGGCGGUGGACUGGCAUCUACGGAAAAGCUCUACGAGCUCUGGAUGUUGUAUUACACGAAGAACGACGUGGGCUAUUUGCAGCAGUGGCUUGAGGCAUUCGUGGCCUCCUUUGAAAAGCUCAUUGAUGUGCAGUCACUGGAGCCUCGAAGGCUAGAUGAGUGCAACUCAGAGGUGCCCUUACUCCCCAAGGAGGUCCUGGUGUUUCUCAGCACCCAGCUAUGGCACAGUGCGCUGCAUCUGUCCAGUGCCACCGAGCACAACAGCAGCACUCCGCACCCUCUGCUCCUCAUCAAGUUCUUCAUCAUUGUCUGCAGGAAUAUGGGGAACAUUGACCCAGAGAAGACCCCUGGUUUUGUUUUUGAAACUAUCAAGCUUUUGAAUUUCUGUUUGAGCCAGCUAAAGCAGGGAGCAGGGGAGCAGUCGUCUCUGCAGUUGGUUGUGCAGUAUGGACUUGUGCUAUGUGAAAGUCUGUUUGACCCUUAUCAGACGUGGAGGAGACGCCUGGCAGGGGAGGAGGUGAGUUUGCUGGAGAGGAACAAGUAUAAGUUCUCCCCGCUGGCCUUGCCAGAGGAGCUGCCUGCUUUCUUCCACGAAAGUCUACAAGACAGUGAGAAGAUCCCAGAGCUCCUCACACUCCGAGUGGUUCAUCUCCAGGGUGCUGUCAUCAGCGGAGGAAAGAAGAACGGCCUUCUCUCCAUCACCCCUCACUCUGUUGAGGACCUGUUCUCUGUUCUGCGAGCAUGGUGCUGCCGGACCUCCUCUCAACCCAAGGACACGAUGCUCCCAAGGAUAACCUUGCAGUGUUUGACCGCUAUGAUCCACCUCCUGCAUUCCAGCAGCCCUGCAGAGAGGCAGGUGGAGAUCAGGACCAUAUUGGAGAGCUACUUCCAGCUCCUCAACUGGAACCGUCCACUUAGCAGUGAGCAGCAGGACAGGAAGAGCUGGGAAGACAGUCUGAUUUUGCUGCAGAGCCAAAUGCUAACUGCUGUUCCUGAGAUCCUGCAGUGCCCUGACAGACCAGUCCUGCAGGCUGUCUUCCUCAACAGCAACUGCUUUGAACACAUCCUCAGGCUCAUCCAGAACAGCAAGCUCUUUCAAAGCAACAGGCACAGACCAGAGCGUGAGGUUGUGUGUGACCUCACUACAGAGGUACUCACAGAGGUCGAAGUGGACCAGGUUUGGGAGAAAGGAUCAGACAGUAUUACGGUUCAUGCACUAGAAGUCCUCACGGCUAUAAUGAGUAGCUCACCCUCUGCCAAGGAGGUUUUCAAGGAGAGGAUUGGCUACUCCCAGCUGUUUGAUGUGCUGAAGAGUCAAGGUCAACCCACCAAAAGGCUGCUGCAGGAGCUGAUGAACAUGGCAGUGGAAGGUCAGCAUGCCCACGCUCAUCACCUUGGCAUUAGUAAUGACCAGCCUUUGCUGCUGCUCCUGCAGUGGCUGCCCGACAUGUCGGGUCAGAGGGACCUUCAGAUGCUGGUAGCCCAGUGGCUGGCUAUGGUCUGUCGUGGCUCCUUGUCUUGUUGCACCGUGGCUGUGGAGGUAGGCAUGGUUGGAGCUCUGCUGCAGGUGCUCUCCCAACCCCAGUGUCUGGACAGGCAGUGUGCAGAUGCCCUGCUGGGCCUCCUGCAGCACCUGGGCUCCCUGUGUCUGAGACCAGAGGAACUGAAGAGCCUCCUCAGACUGCUGAGGGUGGAUCAGGACAGUGGUGCAGCGACAUGGAAGGUGCACCCAUACUGCACUCGCAUGAUCCGAGUGCUCUCGGCCAUGGCAGCCAGAGUAGGCCGGGAUAGUGCCCUGCAGUACUUUGAUCUUACACCCCCCAUGGCAGGUAUUAUGGUGCCCACAAUCCAACGCUGGCCAGGCAGCGGGUUUGCCUUUCAUGCUUGGCUCUGUCUCAACAUGGAGUUCCCCUCUUGUCAUUCAGAGUUCUCUAACAACCCUAAACCUCCUGCCAACUCUGGCACAGGAGCUCAGCAUGACAUGGGAAAAGGGCCACGCAGGAAGCAACUCUACAGUUUUUUCACAGCUAGUGGAACUGGGCUAGAAGCCUUCUUCACCAUGGAGGGUGUGCUGGUGGUGGCCGUCUGCACUAAGAAAGACUACAUGGCUGUCGCUCUGCCAGAGCACCCGCUAGCUGACUCACGCUGGCAUUCAGUGGCAAUAGUCCACAUCCCGGGUCGUCGCCCAUUUGGUCAGAACCUUGUGACCAUCUAUAUUGAUGGAGAGCAGCGUAAAACUGCUCAGCUUCGCUUUCCGUCAUUCAGUGAGUCUUUUACCUCCUGCUGCAUCGGCUCUGCAGGCCACCGGACCACUACCACCACCACCUCCCCUAACCUGCCCCCGACAACGUUCUCCAAACCACCGUCCGAGUUUGCCUUCCCACCCCAUGCCCCCCCCAUCAACCGUUCCCGGUCCUUUCCAGCAACUUUGUCAGGAGGCCGUUGGGGACCUAUGAGCGACUCUUCUGUGCACACCAUCCCAGCAGGACUGCAGGACACAGAGUGGGGAACACCCACAUCACUGGAUGGUCUCUUAGGCACGGCCUUCAUCUGCCAUGAUGUUCUGCAGCCAACCCACACACGAGAUCUAUAUGCUGCAGGCCCCAAUCACGUGUCCUUAUUCAAAGUGGAUGGAGAGUCAGCUGAUCUCAACAGCAAACUUCUGCUUUACUACACUCCACAGGCCUUUAAGAGCCAGAUAUGCCUGGAUCUGUCUCCCAAUCACCAAUAUGAUGGCAGACUGACAGGACACAGAGUAGUGAACUGGGACAUCAAGGAUGUUGUGAAUGUGGUGGGAGGCAUAGGUGUUUUGCUUCCCCUGCUCGAGCAGGCGAGCGAGGCCGAGCAGGUGUAUAAUGGUGGUCAGGAAGCCUCAGACCUGUUAGGACCAGAGCUCACAUCCGCAAGAGGCCCCGCUGCCAUGCUGCUGCCACUGAACAAGUCUGCAGAGAGCAGACUAAAAAUAAACUGCAUGAGCCGGCUGCACUGUCAUGGCCCGAGCAUCAUAGGAGCCAUGCUCAGCAAAGUUCCAGGCACGAUGAUGGACAUGAACGUUUUAAUAGCAUGUCAGCUGCUGAUUGAGCAGGUUUUUAAUGAGGGCAACAGUCGACUUCUACAGCAGCUCUACCAGCACCUGCUCUUUGAUUUCCGUGUCUGGACCAGAAGCCAUUUUGCUGUUUGUCUGGCCCAUGUGCAGUACCUGGCAUCUGUGAUCAGCAAAGGCAAGCAGCGCGUGAAGCGGAAAUAUGGGGUUCAGUACAUUCUGGACACCAUUCGGAUGUACUACAGCCUGGAGAAAGAUGGUAGCCCUCUAUCUGAUGAGAAGCAAACAAUUCAGACCUCUCUGUUCGUGUUGCUGAAAGACUUUCUCAAGUCUCCAACACAAGAGGAGCUCCACAGUGUCCUCACCUACAUUAUCUCUGUAGGAGAAGAACAGCAGGUAGUGAGGGCUUUGGAUGUGCUGUAUGAGCUGUUGAGGAGCAGCCCUCCCCGUGAACAGGUGCAGGCCGUGCUGCUGGAAUGGGGCGUGGAGCAGCUGUACAGUUUGCUGCUCACUCCACGUUUCGGAGACAAGGCCAGAGAGAGGGUGUUCAGGGUUUUGUACAAAAUCCUCAAGAGUGAGCGAGUGUCCGAGCGCAACAAGCAGCGAGUUAAGCUGAAGGAUUUUGGCUACCGUGGCCUGGUGUGUUUGCUUGAAGACAUUCCUGUCACUAUGACCAUUGUGCGCUGUCUGUACGAGCAGGUCCUUGCUACAGAUGCCAGCCCAAACUUCAGAGACCUCCUAGCUGUGGUCUGUCUGUCACAUCGAGCUGAGCUCACUGUCCGUUUGGAUGUCUGUCGCAAGCUCUUUCAUCUGAUCUACUCCAAUGAGGAUUAUGUGAAGCAGCUCGCUAAGCAGCCUAGCUGGCAGGAUGUUCUCACCAAACUCUACGUGAAGGAGUCCUAUGAGUCCCACACUGCCAGCAACAAUAGCUCCUUGGAACAGAACUUCCGACCGCCGCUGCGCAGGGAUCAGUCUGUGCUCAUAGAGGAUGUGCAAAACGACAUCUUCCUGACCUACCGCAACUCUCAGGACAUGGAGGAUGAGGAGGAGGAGGAUGAACGUGGACAGCGGGACAUCUCUGAAGGAUUUUCUGACGUAUCUCAGUCCCCUCCCAGUGGUGGUGGAGGCCAGCUGGAAAACUUCUCUGGCUCCCCUCAUUUCAAGUCGUUUGAUUCAGUUGACCAGGGGAGCCACUCAUCCUCCAUCUCCAAUCCAGUCGAUUUCACGACUGCAUUGGAGACUGCAUUUGGAAAUACUGCAGAGGUGAGAGAUUACCAGCCGCUCUCUCCCUUUGGUACAUUGCCUUUAGAUUUGGAGCUAGGAGUGAUGGGAGAGACUGGCACACCCACUCCUGCAGGCAGUCUGACAAACACACCAUCUCCUCUAGAACAUUGCAAACCAUUUCCACUGCUCAGACCCAGGAAGAGCUCCAGUCUUUCCAACAUACUGGAUGACACCAGCUAUGGGACAGACCCUCCAACUGGAGACACAAUCUCCAAUACGUCCAAUCCACAGCAGACCCCAGAGGAGGAGCUCUGUAACCUUCUAACUAACAUCAUCUUCUCCGUGCUGUGGACCGGCAGCGGGGCUGAGGGGAAUGAGGAUGUGGUGUGGAGAGAGAGAGGACAGGUCUUUUCUGUUCUCACUAAACUGGGGUCCUCCUGCCAACUGGUGCGCCCCCCUGAUGACAUCAAACGCAGUUUGCUGGAGAUGAUGCUGGAGUCGUCGUUGUCAGACCUGAGGGACGCCCAGGGAGUGACUCUGCCUUUCUGUCCCAGUCUGGUUCGACUCCUCAGGCUCCUGCAGGACUUUCUGUUUGCCGAGGGCACAGACAACCACACUCUGUGGAGUGAAAAGAUCUUUGAAGGGGUGAUGAACCUGCUGGACAGGUUGAAGGCAUGGCACAGCACCCCUGGCAGCCCCGGGAACACUGAACUGAAGGAAAUGGCUCAGAUCGGCCUGCGUAUCAUCACCGGAUAUAUCCAACAGCAGCACUCUCAGGUGUGCGUGAUGGCCUGCGUGAAGCUCCACAGCCUGCUCCAGACUGUGCUGUGUCUGAGCUGGGAGGAGGUGUGCUUCCUCCUGGGGAAGCUGGGCACCCCCCUGUGGCCAGAAGGUGUAAUGGAUGACACCAACUGUGGAGAACCAGAGACGUUCUCCCAGCUGGUGCCCAUUGUGCGAACUCUACUGGACCAGCAUGCCGACCCCGUCUCCCUCCAGAACCUCAUGCCCAACCUGCCCAUUACCAAUGGUAGUGCCACGUUCGCCCAGGACCUGAAGGCUUACUCUCGCAAACUAGAGUGGAAGGAGUUUUACCAGCAGCAGGUUCAGCCCACCAUGGAGCAGUAUGAGCUGGACACAUUUGGGAGGAGCCAUGACAUCAUGUCCAAUUUCUGGAACUCCUGCUUUGAUGACCUGAUGAGCACAGCCUACAGACGGGACAAAGACCGAUCUGACAGCAAGUCGAAGUUUCAGGAAGUGAUUGUUGGCCCCUGUCUGAAGCGAGUCAGAAGUGAGAACAACAGGUACUUCAGUUGGCAGAAGCAGAGCUCCAGCCAGCAGGGGGUGGUGUGGCAACACUGGAGAGCCCUCCGUAGGCUUUUGACCAGUGAGAGAGGAGCAUGGGCCAACAAAGUUCAGCCAGAGGUGAAAUGGAAACUGUCCACUGCAGAAACCUACUCAAAGAUGCGACUCAAACUGGUGCCCAACUACAACUGUGAUCCUCACACUGAGGCCAGUGCCCUGAGGGACAACAUGGGAGCGGACAGCCCUCGUAGCUCUGAACCCCUCCCACUGGCUGUUGCAAAAGAAGCAAAAGUGAGUGACAUGGAGGAUGAUCAGUUAGGAGAAGAGGAUGUCAUCUUUCUGGAUAACAAGGUGGAGGGAGAAGACGAGAACCAGAAAGAAAAACUGGUUCUGUCUGAAGACUGCGAGCUCAUCACCAUUGUGGCAGUUGUUCCGGGUCGUCUGGAGGUUACCACACAUCAUCUGUACUUCUAUGAUGGCAGCAGUGAGAAAGAAGAGACAGAGGAAGGAAUUGGGUUUGAUUUUAAGAGACCUCUGUCUCAGCUCAGAGAAGUUCAUCUGAGGCGCUACAACCUGCGAAGAUCUGCACUGGAGCUUUUCUUCAUAGACCAGGCGCACUACUUCAUCAACUUCAGGAAGAAGGUACGAAACACAGUAUACUCCAGGAUCCUGGGGCUGCGGCCUCCCAACCUGUUUUACUUUGGCUCCCGUUCCCCCCAAGAGCUACUGAAGGCAUCUGGGCUUACACAGAAAUGGGUGUACAGAGAAAUCUCCAACUUUGAGUACUUGAUGCAGCUGAACACCAUUGCUGGACGCACUUACAAUGACCUGUCACAGUAUCCUGUGUUCCCCUGGGUCCUGUCUGACUACACUUCUACCACGCUGGAUCUGGAGGACCCAGCAGUUUUCAGAGACUUGUCCAAACCCAUAGGUGUGGUCAACUCUCGCCAUGCACAGACCGUCAGAGAAAAAUAUGAGAGCUUUGAGGACCCAACAGGCACCAUCGACAAAUUCCACUAUGGCACACACUACUCUAACGCAGCAGGAGUAAUGCACUACAUGAUCCGCAUGGAGCCAUUCACCACCCUGCAUAUCCAGCUGCAGAGUGGCAGGUUUGACUGUGCAGACAGACAGUUCCACUCGGUAGCAGCAGCCUGGCAGGCUCGCAUGGAGAGUCCUGCUGAUGUCAAAGAGCUCAUCCCAGAGUUCUUCUACUUCCCCGAAUUCCUGCAGAACAUGAACGGCUUUGACCUGGGAUAUUUGCAGAUAUCUCAGGACCCUGUGGCAGAUGUUCUGCUGCCCAGCUGGGCCACAUCAAGGGAAGACUUUAUCAGGCAACACAGGAAAGCCUUGGAAUGUGAACAUGUGUCCAGUCACCUCCAUGAGUGGAUUGACUUGAUUUUUGGUUACAAGCAGAGAGGAGAAGAGGCAGUGAAUGCACUCAAUGUCUUCUACUACUGCACUUAUGAGGGUGCAGUAGAUCUGGAUGCAAUUGCCAAUGAAAAUGAGCGUAAGGCCCUGGAAGGCAUCAUCAGCAAUUUUGGGCAGACACCCUGUCAGCUCCUUAAAGAGCCUCACCCUCCCCGUAUGUCAGCUGAGAACGCAGCCAGACGGCAGGCCCGCAUCGACACUGUGCCCCUGAAUAUCUUCGAGCAGCUCACAAAACUUCGGCCGUUUGUGGAGGUGGUGAGCGACGACCUUCCUCUGGUCCAGGCCGUGGUACCAAAGAGCCAGGCUCGCUCCUUCAUCAUCCAGGGCUCAGACAUAUUGGUGACUGUGAGUUCCAACGGGUUGAUAGGGACACACAGCUGGCUUCCGUAUGACAAAAAAAUAGCCAACUACUUCACCUUCACUAAGGAUCCCACUAUGACUAAUCCCAAAACGCAGCGUUUUUUGAGUGGACCUUUCUCUCCUGGGGUGGAGAUCAGCGCUCACUUGCUGGUGGUGUCCAACGAUGGGCGCCUGCUGUUCAGCGGAGGACACUGGGACUGCAGUCUUCGCGUCACCCAGCUGGGCAAGGGCAAGCUGGUGGGCAGGAUCUGCCGGCACAUUGAUGUUGUUACUUGUUUGGCACUGGAUCUCUGUGGCAUCUACCUCAUCUCUGGUUCAAGGGACACUUCCUGUAUAGUGUGGCAGGUUCUACAGCAGGGUGGCUUUUCCACUGGCCUGUCUCCCCGGCCGGUGCAGGUUCUUUGUGGACACGACCAGGAAGUCACCUGUGUGGCCAUGAGCACUGAACUGGACAUGGCUGUCUCAGGGUCAAAGGACGGGACUGUGAUUGUGCAUACUGUCCGGCGAGGUCAGUUCCUGCGAACACUGCGGCCUCCCAGUGAAAGCGGUGUGCCUGCCGAAAUCUCUGCACUGCAGGUGGGCCUGGAGGGCCACAUUGUGGUACAGACCUCACUGGAGAAGCACUCUACCAUUAAGGACCUGUACUCCAUUCAUGUUUACUCAGUAAACGGCUGUCUGAUGUCCUCCUUCACCAUGGAGGAGCAGGUGACUGCUCUCCAGCUGGUGUCUGAAUAUGUUAUCCUGGGCACCAUGCAGGGCAGCCUCCACAUACAGGAUUUAUACAGCCUUGAUGCGCUGGUAACUCCCCUAGCCUUGAAAGUUCCUGUGAGGAGUGUGUCUGUCACCAAAGAGUACACCCACAUCCUAGUGGGGCUUGAAGACGGGAAGCUAAUUGUGGUGGGGGCAGGGAAGCCAGAGGAGGUUCGCAAUUCACAAUUCCCCCGUCGCCUGUGGGGCUCCACACGCCGCAUCUCUCAGGUGUCAUCAGGUGAAACUGAAUACAAUCCCAAUGAGAACCCUGGCAAAUGAGAUGAGCAGUGAUGGAGCAACUCUGAGAAUGCUCCAGGUCACAGAUAGCCGCACCACCAAGAUGCUUGCCAGACUCAUCAAGACCUUCCUUCCUUUACCAGCUGGCAAACUAUCCUACUCAGCUACUAUACACUGAGCACUUUUUUGUUCUUAAAUCACUUGACAUUUUAUUGUGUAUUUCAUUUGCAGUUGUAGCCUACUGUUUUUAAUGAGCAGCAUUCCAAAGAGUGGCCCUGUUUUGUGGAUGGAGAAGAGGUUGAUGUUAAUGGGUGUGAACUGUUUGUUGUUGGACUGUAUAUACACACUGAGUCAUAUUUCAGGAAGAUGACUCACUCUAAAGCACAUUCGACCCCAGACACAAAGAGAAUGCUGUGAAGUCCCCAGGCUCCGUGUUUUUGGCUCCUUUAUUGUCGGUGGCACAGCUGGAAUCCCUGUGCUGCUGAAUGUCACAGAGCCAUUGUUUGGCAGUGGCACCUCCUAAAAACUCCUGUAAACUUGAAAAACUACAGUAGACGUUGCUUGAGUUUUCCAUAUUGCAAUAUUGGUGAAUACCACAAGGGGGUUGACUUAGUAACGCAAGACACAGGUGGUAACUAAUUACUAGUGACCCAACACUGUUAUGAUUUAUAGCAGUCAACAUCAGGACUUGACGAUCCUUGCACCAAACGUGCACCACAAUACCAUCAUGUAUAAAUUUUGCAUUCCUUUAGGCUCUAAGCAAUGUAAAAUUGUUACAACUGAGGCAAUACCUGCUUUAUUGGUCAAAUAUGUGAAAUAUAUUCACUGUUUUUGUUGUCAUGAUUAUGGAGGUUGAAUGUGAUGACAGCUGAGAGGAGAGCCUGCUGUUGCCUUACACACAGUGGAGUAAAGGCCUUUACAAAUGCUCAUGUACUAGUUUUAUUAUUACUGUUUGUUACAAGAUCAUGUCCCUGCUUCAUCUGCUCUGAAAAGUGCCUUUUUAGCUUGUGUCUUGGUCUAUGUUUAAACACUGAAUUCCAGUCACCCGUGUAAGAUACCACAUCUUUAUCCCUGUUGAUUGGAUUUAAACACACCUUACUGACUCACAUGCAGAUAAGAUGUUGCUAAUGAACUGCUGGUAAACUGUUGCCUGCACUGGCAUUGAACUGUCUCUGAAGCACCAAAACAUCUGAAGACAGCAGCGACUCCAAAACACAUGACCAGAAAGUCUGUGAGCAAACUUCAGAGGAAUUCACUUCCUGCCAGCUUCUUUUACUGUGGUUGGAGCAAUGUAGUUGUUGUGCAGUGUCAUGAUGGGAGAGAGACAAAAGGAACUGUUUGGGAGAAUGCAAUAUCCAUAAAAUGGUGCACAUGUAUAAAUUGCAUAGUCUUUGUAAGAGAUUCUCUUGAAUAAACCUAAGUGUGAGCAAGAAGAAAAGAAAUGAAUCAUUGAAAUGUUGUUUACUUAUUAAGUAAACAUUGAUUUCCUCACAUCUAGGUUCUCUAAAAUCAUAAUUAUUCCAGUUCUACGACCAUUAGGUGAGAUGAUGUCUUAAGGUAUGUCCGUCUCAGUUUGCUGUCUUGUAUAUCAGUUUAUGUAACACUGCUCUGUUUGGUAUAAAUGUUAUGAAUGUGAUAUUUUUAUUAACUAUGUAGCAAUGCUCAGAGACCUGGGUUUAAUUCACAGAGGUCAGAAUUGGGUUAUUACAGUCACAGUCUUCUAUUACAAG